AUGCCAGCUCACUGCCGAACCAAACCCUCCACCCGACCCUCCACCGACCCUCCACCGACCCUCCACCGACCCUCCACCCGACCCUCCACCCGACCCUCCAUCGACCCUCCACCCGACCCUCCACCCGACCCUCCAUCGACCCUCCACCGACCCUCCACCCGACCCUCCACCCGACCCUCCACCCGACCCUCCACCGACCCUCCACCCGACCCUCCACUGACCCUCCACCGACCCUCCACCCGACCCUCCACCCGACCCUCCACCGACCCUCCACGUCUCCUCCAUCCGACCCUCCACCAAACCCUCCACCGACCCUCCACCCGACCCUCCACCAAACCCUCCAUCGACCCUCCACCGACCCUCCACCGACCCUCCACCCGACCCUCCACCGACCCUCCACCCGACCCUCCACGUCUCCUCCAUCCGACCCUCCACCAAACCCCCCACCGACCCUCCACUGACCCUCCACGUCUCCUCCAUCCGACCCUCCACCAAACCCUCCACCCGACCCUCCACCCGACCCUCCACGUCUCCUCCAUCCGACCCUCCACCGACCCUCCACCGACCCUCCACCCGACCCUCCACCGACCCUCCACCCGACCCUCCACGUCUCCUCCAUCCGACCCUCCACCAAACCCCCCACCGACCCUCCACUGA